CGGUUCGCAAGCUUUCAUCGUCCAGUAGACACCUCCUGUAGGAGAGUGUCAUCGCGGCUCUGCAUGAAAUUUAGACCUACCUUGAACCUCAUUCCUGUGUGGCAGUGUCUGCUAUUUUGUUAUUUUUGGAAAGGCCGAUUUCAGCUUUGUCGACGUGUCGUCGCGAUAAGCGCGAUGAUGUCUGUCCGCGAUGCCUUGAAGUGUGGCCUCCUUUUUCUCACCCCGAUCCUUGCGCACUCUCAUGUCUGCAUGAUAAAUUCUAUUGCAUAUUCUGUUUGCUGUUCAUUUUGAUAUUGCUUACAUUAGAACAUGCCGGAGGACGGGUCGGCAACAGAGGCAACUGAGCUGAAUACUAUUUCUCACGGCCCGAGGAAUGUUCUUCAGCCUGGUGGAUCGCCGGCCAUUCUUUCCAACAACGCGACUUCUCCGCCAGAGGGACUCGUAGAGCCCGUGUGUCCAAUCGGUACACAUUUGGGAAGAGACUCGAAUGGUUCUCAGUCGCUGUCGGACUGUGUAAGCAAUCAGGAAGCUUCUCUGCCAAGAAAUGAUUAUGAACAAGGUCCACCAUCGGGUGUAGCAACUUCUAUACCAAGGACUACCGGUGGUGACAAAGUAUCUUCGCUAAGUGGGGCUAGUAAUGCAAGCGAGGAGGAUAUAGAUGAUUCCGAACCCCAAGAAACGACAAUAUCGUCAUCAGCUUCGCGUACCCUUAUUACUGGCUCUGUCUAA